CGUUCCCAACGUAUCCAGCAGUACAUAAACCAUUGCUUCCCAUACUCCUCCUUUUGCGACGAUCUGGGCAGGAAUCGUAGACACCGACGGCUCCUCUUUCGUAUCAAGCACACCUUUCCAUUUCCAAACAUUGUCCUCGACCUCCUUAGGUUUUGGAGGAAACACCUGCUCGGUAACAUUGCUGUCGGCUUGAAUCAACGUGAGCGCUACCUGUCGUCCAUGCAGCACUGCGAUUGCUAGUGGUAUAUUCCCUUCCUGACAACACCUCUUUCUUCAGUGAAAGAAAAGAUCUCUGGGACAGAAACUAACCUUGUUUUUGAUAGAUACACUGGCUCCCUUACGAAUAAGCGUAACAGCACAGAUGUUAGCAUUUUUGAAAGCAGCCAAGUGCAAUGCCGUAUUUCCUUCACAGUCACCCCAAUCGAGCUGUUGUUUAUUCAUGUUACGAGUAAGAAUCGAUACAACGGCAAUCGGAUCGCGAAGUUCGCUGGUAAGUGCAUUCUUGGUAAACUGCGAUCGAGAGGCGAAAGCGUAGUGGAGAGGAGUUCGUCCGAACACAUCUCGAGGAAUGUCCGUGGUGUUAGCAGCCAGCCAUUCGAUUGGUUCGAGAGUCGAAUUCGUCGAACAAUCGCAUGAUUGCACAGCUUCAUGCAAAGGAGUAUAUCCUUGAUUAUUCCCCUUCAUUGGAAUUUUUUUAGAUUCCAGAAAUCGGAACAGAUCCACAGCUCUCAAAUCUUGCGCUCUAGCUACAUAAUGCCAUAGAUUGUCACCGUUGGCAUCGGUGUGCUCCCAAUCAGUAGGGCUGAGCUGCAGCUCGUACACCAGAUCGAAUGCCUUCUGCUCGACAAACAGCAUUGCGAGUGAUUUGUUCACCGGCUUUCCUUCUUCGCCCUCUUUCGGCUUGGUUUCAUAGCGAAGCACUGCAUUGUGUACACCAUCUACGCAACCAUACUGCUUCGUUGUCUGAAGGAUCAAACGAGCAGCGCUUGGAUCUCGUUUCAACGCAGAUAUCACCAGUCCAAAGCCGCCCUGCCCUUCCAAAGCGAGCACAUUUCACGUAUCCACCAGUACAGCCCUUAUAUCGUCUACAUACUCAAGCAUCCAGCGGAAGAGCAGCAAGUUCGCCGAAAGCAGAGCGAUGUGUAAGGGAGUUUCUCCUGAAAUGCAGCGAGCAAACUCCUGAAGUACCCUCUUACUGGAUAACAGCUAAUUACCGCUUUCGUUCUUCGAUUCCACAUUUCCACCGCAUUUCAUGAUUGAGUCGAAGCAUGAGCGAUACUCUUUCUCCGUCAUGCCCUCCUUUCUUACGUCUUUUGGAUCACGGAGACGAAUUUUGAUGCCGGCGAAGACAUGCAUAAUCGAAUUCCCCAGACUGUCGGCUACUGAGCAGUCUGCUCCACGAGAUAGGAGAUAUUGGAUUUGCUCGGGUAGCUCGCUGUGGGUAUCCUCAUUUGUAUACCGAAGUAGCGAUGACAGUAAAGUGACCCCUUCCAUGUCCUUCCCGUUGAUGUCGACCAACGAGGCUUUCUCCUCAAGUAACCAUCGAACAAUACCGUAAUGACCUUUCAAAUAAGCGAUAGAUAGCGGUGUGAGCUUCCAGUCGUUCUCUUGCUUAAGCAGAUCAGCGCCUUUUGCCAAUAGCAUAGCUGCACAAUGCUCUUGCCCGUUCAGUACAGCAUGCGAGAGAGCAGUACGUUUUUUGAGGUCCCUUGCCAUAAUGAGAGCGCCGUGCUCGAUCAAAAGUUCAGCAAUUGACAGAAAUCCAAGACUACAGGCAAUCAUAAGGGGUGUUAUUUUGUUUUGACCACUGGAUGUCGGAUGAUCCACGAGUACCGUUUCAUGGGCAAGAAGAGUGGCGACCGCUUCCGUUCUGAAACCGAGAUUCAGGGCAGUGAUCAAGGUCAAACAAAAGGCUGCGAAUCGGCUUGCCACUAACCUUUGAUACCGAACUGCAAAGCACAAAGCCGUGUCACCGUGCCUUGUCCGGGCGUUUAUCAUUGACUUCUCUGGCUUGAUUCCUUGAGUACCUUUCUCGGGUGCCUCCAGAUUCGUGAUGGCAUCCAAGAGAAUCAGUUGUUCAAAUCUGGGAUAUUGAUAUUUGGCUCAAUUGUGCGGAGACGUUCAAGAAUCUGA